UUGAAAAGAGUGCCUGUCUCAGCAUACGCGCAUAGAAGUUAGUAGAGUGCGCCUUACUGCUUCAUAGGCGCCUGAGACUUGAAUACAAAGGUGACAGCACCUUCGCGCGUUACUUAGCGGCAGCCUUCCCGAAGUAAAGCUUGAAGUGGUGAGCUGCAGUCCAAAUUGCUUAUUGCGGAGCCUCUUGAGCGUCUGCGCCGGCCGCGAGACACAGCAUCUUGGCAUCUUUUUUGCUUGGGCGAGACAACGACGAGGGUGCAGUAGGCCCUGAGCGGCGGUGGCGGGACGAAUGGGGACCAGCAAGCAAGGCUUGCUGGUGCAAUCCUUGGCUCUCUUUCUACUAGCGACAUCCCUUCAUUUAGGAUCGGCGCAGACAGUAGAGACGCCCCCUUCUGAUUCAGACGCUCAAUACUUGUAUGGAUUCCCCUUCUGCAAGUGCUCGGAUUACCGCUGCUCGACAUCCCCCUACAAGCCUCGUAUAGCCAGCACGGAGGAGCUCACGAACGGGAAUCUAAGGGUUUGCUUCGCGUUCCAGUAUGUGGGCUGCCAGGCGGGCAACACGUGCUGCCAGAGCGUCUUGGAUCUAAUGGACAAGAUUGAGUUCAUGUCAGAUAAAAUUUGCAACAAGAGUGUUGCAGCAGUGACUUUCGGUGGCGUCAACAAGAUGGGUUCGACGCUGUUCGACACACAGUUCGCUCUUGGCAAGGUUCGCAUUACGAACCUGAACGCCACGCGUACUAUGGCACAGAGCAGCCAGCUUUGCAUGAACCUGCGGGCGCCAUGCAAUGACCUCGAUACCUUCUUCCAGUCGGCCAAGCUUGGCAUGCCGGGGCUUUUCCAGUACUCCAUCUUCAAUGACAAGCAUGACUGCUGUCCAACCUGCGUGUUUUCGCCCCCUCCUCCGCCGCCUCUAGCACCGGCCAUCGUCGUUCCCCCCCCUCCAUCGCCUCCUUCCCCCCCGAGCCCACCGCCGCCUCCACCUCCUCCUCCCCCGCCUCCUCCUCCACC